AUGCAGGGAUCCCUUGAUCUCUUCCUUUUGCUUGUCUUGCUCCAAAAGAACGCGGAGGUGAGGCUGGGGGCGAGGAGCAGGGUCUCAUCCGCAUCCUAAAACAGCGGACACUCGGGUUGCGAACAUGAUCCAUGCGGGGAUGCACAUUCGCAACCCGCAGCGGCGCGUCUGCACAUGCGCAGGUUGUGAUUCGGUGCUUCUGCGCAUGCGCAAAGCGCGAUUUAGCACUUUUGCACAUGCGCGACCGCCAAAACCCAGAAGUAACCCUGUUCCGGUACUUCUGGGUUUCGGCGGGUCCGUAACCCAAAAAAACGCAACCUGAAGCGUCUGUAACCCGAGGUAUGACUGUAUUGUAGACAGGGCCAGAUUUAGGUUUGAUGAGGCCCUAAGUUACUGAAGGUUAUAAUAAAUAAUAGUAAUAAAUUGUUAUUUAUACCCUGCCCUUCCCGGUUUAAAAACCGGGCUCAGGGCGGCUCACAGCAAAUAUAAAACAUCGAUGAAAAUGUGACUGAAAAACAGCAUAAAACAGCAUAAAAUACAACAGAAAAUGCAGCAUCAAUAUCAAUAAAAUUCUAAAAUUCAGGGGUCAUUUUCGGGGGGGGGGGACAUAACAAAAAACCCACUCAGUAGACAUCAAAUGAUCACCAGGGCUAACUGGCCAAGUUGGUCCUACUAGGGCCAGCAAGGAGACCAGGGAAGAAUUUAAAUAUGGGGUCCCAGAAAGAGUUUCUUCAUAGAAGAUGAAAGGGGAAAAGGGACUAGAGGAUCAGGCUAAUUCAAACUGAAGGCCAGGCAGAAUAGCUCUGUCUUACAGGCCGUGCGGAAGGAGAUCAAGUCCUGCAGGGCCCUAGUCUCAUGGGACAGAGCAUUCCACCAGGUCGGAGCCAUCACUGAAAAGACCCUGGCCUUGGUGGAGGAUAGUCUGGCUUCCUUGGGGCCCUUUAUAUGUCCAGCUGUCCUUUGUCAACAACAAAUGGCCGCUGUUUUUUGUGUUGAAUAUAUGCUACAGUACAGUCGUACCUCAUGUUACAUUUGCUUCAUGAUAUGUUUUUUCAGGUUGCAUCCCGCGGCGACCCGGAAGGACCGGAAAGGGUUACUUCCGGGUUUCGCUGCUCACGCAUGCACAUAAAAUGACUUCACGCGCAUGCUCAGAAGCGGCGAAUUGCGACCUGCGCAUGCGCAGACACGCAAACAUGGGUUGCGUUCUAUUCAUGUUGCGAACGGGCCUCCGGAACGGAUCCCGUUCGCAACCAGAGGUACCACUGUAUAUGGUAAUUUAUGGGCCUAAUAGGUAUCUCAAGCCAUUUGCGCAUGUUGCCAUGCAGCCAGUCUAUGCAGAAUGUAGGCACCCUAUAUACAGAAAGGAGCAAACCCGUGAUAUUUAAGGGAGCAGGCUAGCAGGUGGUGCCCAUUACUUACACCAUAGGAGCCUACAUAACACAAAACACCGUUGCUGUAUGUAGGUUUUAUUUUAUUUGUUUUUUAUCUUAUAUUUUGGAAAUGUACAUCCAGAUGUGUUCUUUUCCUUUAAAUCUUUUGAGGGCCCCCAAGAGAGUGGGGCCCUAAGCUAUAGCUUGUUUUGCUUAUACGUAAAUCCGGCACUGGUCGUAAAGUUGGGAGGGUUGCCUAAUUCUUUUGGGCCUUGGAGCACCUUUGGGAAUCUAAGAAACAGACAUGGGCACCACAGAAACACCCAAAUCACAGCAGGAAGGUGGGCACUGGGCCAUGUUCAGAAUCAACCCAAACAACAGGUAAAACAAACAAACGAAACCUAAUAAAGCACAGGCAGCCCACCCUGCCCCAAAGCCCUCCGUUUAUUUAUUUUUUUAAUGAAAGGGGCAAGGUGGGGGAAUGAACUUGUGGGCUGCUGCUGUGCCGUUGUUCAGGGGCCUGACACACAAAACUGCAAGCAAAGCUUUUUCUUUGGUGUGAAGUGAUAGAAAUUGCUUUCUCUGCUUGCUUUCUGUGGACCAGGCUGCAAUUUCAAGGCUCAGGCUUGCAAUAAUAAUAAUAAUACAGUGGUGCCUCGCAAGACGAAAUUAAUCCGUUCCACGAGAGUCUUCGUCUAGCGGUUUUUUCGUCUUGCGAAGCAAGCCCAUUGACGGAUUAGCGCUAUUAGCGCUGACUAGCGGUUUAGCGGCUAUUAAAGGCUUAAAGGCUUAGGGGAUUAGCUGCUAAAAGGCUAUUAAAGGCUAUUAAAGGCUUAGCAGAUUAGAUAAAGGGGGAAAGCGAAAAAAAACUCAAGACUCGUAAGGUAUUUUCGUCUUGCGAGCAAGCCCAUAGGGGAAUUCGUCCUGCGAAGCAACUUCAAAACGGAAAACCCUUUCGUCUAGCGGUUUUUCCGUCUUGCGAGGCAUUCGUCUUGCGGGGCACCACUGUAAUAAGAAGAAGAAGAAGAAGAAGAAGAAGAAGAAGAAGAAGUGGGCAACUAACCUAAGUAAACAUCAGGCAACUUUGGGAAGACCUAUGUACUCUGGCAAGGGACGCGGGUGGCGCUGUGGGUUAAACCACAGAGCCUAGGACUUGUCGAUCAGAAGGUUGGCGGUUUGAACCCCCACGACGGGGUGAGCUCCUGUUGCUCAGUCCCUGCUCCUGCCAACCUAGCAGUUCGAAAGCACGUCAAAGUGCAAGUAGAUAAAUAGGUACCGCUCCGGCGGGAAGGUAAACAGCGUUUCCGUGCGCUGCUCUGGUUCGCCAGAAGCGGCUUAGUCCUGCUGGCCACAUGACCCGGAAGCUGUACGCCGGCUCCCUCGGCCAAUAAAGCGAGAUGAGCGCCGCAACCCCAGAGUCGGCCACGACUGGACCUAAUGGCCAGGGGUCCCUUUACCUUUAUGUACUCUGGACAAAACUUUUAGGUGACUAGCUUAUAUGUACCUGUUAUUUUUGUUUCAUUUCUCUCCCCUGUCGCAGGCAAGCUCCACCGAAAACUCGGCCAAAGAGAUGUUUGAGGCGUGGCAGCAGUACCAGGCCGCCUGCUAUCGCAAGAUCCUGGAGGACCCACGUCCCACAAGUGAGAGAGAGCAAGGGAUCUUCUUCCCCUUUGGCCUGAUGCAACGGAGUUUUUCUUAUGCUCUUAGCAGUAUAAUGAGGUCUCUUCCAAACCACUGCUUUAUUGAGCAUCCAUCCUGGUUUGUUUGCACAGUGUCUGCAGAGAGGUUAAACAGCGUUGUGUCAAGUAAUUGCCGUCCCAUGUUGUAAACAAAAAUUGCCCUUUUCCCUUAUGGGGUAUCCAAGAGCCCAUAUAGAGUCCUUACAUAGGUUCCCUAUUGGUAGGAGAGAAUAACAGAGACCAACCAGAGAAUAUUGAGAAGCAAAGCAGCUAGUAAGCCUGAUCUUUAUUGAUCUGUUGCAACAGGGUGCCUCCUUCACACACAGGAGAGGAGGAGGAACCCAGAAAAAUGGCGCGCAAGGCCUUAUAAAGACUUUUGAAAUUGCCACCCUGUAGAUCAAGGCCACCCCCAGAAACAUCAUACAUACAUCACAGAAGGGGUGUAACCUAAGACCACCCCUCAGAUACAUCACACCUACAUCACAAAAAAGGUGGUCUAAACAGAAAUUUGAAUGUUGUUUUUCUCCUGUCGUUGUUUAUCUCCUGUCUGGCAGGUUACUUGAUUGGAUUUCCUGGGUAGCCUGGCCAGUCUUUUGUAGUGGUAAAAUACUUAUUUCCUGGGCCAGGUCACAGGCUUACACCUUAUUCAUUUCUUAAAUGUGCCCUUAAAACAGGAUUUGUGAGGAAAGAGACAAUGGGGAGGUUUCCCAUUUUGACCUUGCAUAGAAAACAUUUGGUCAGUUUGGGAAUCAAAAUGGUUCCAGGUCGGCCUUCCUGUGCUGAUCUAUGUAUGUGCUUGGUUGGUACACUUGUGAACAUUUAACAUAUAUCUAAGACCUCAAAAUUCCUAUCAUACCCACGCUUUCCAGUUCAUUCACUUUCCGUAUUGCAAAAAGUCUGAUGUAGGUGGGAAGAAAAGGAUCUGUUGCCCAAGGUUGCUGAUGAAAGGUGUUGCGUGAUCAAAGCUGAUGAGAUACAAUCUGAUCAUGCAACCUGAAUUUGAGAGCAUGUGAUUGAAUCUCCAAAAGGAGGCACAGGUUUGAAAUGUCCCAACUUGCCCACCCCACCCUCCCUCCCUCUCUUUCAUCCUGCCUUCUCCAGGAAUCCAUAAUUUUCAAAUGUCACCAAUAAGCGGUAUCUUGCAAAUGAAAUUUCUUGUGCAAGGCUGUUUGGCCGGUACGCCGAAAUUUGUCCAAUUUUUCCCGAGAAUGGCAUUUCGCUUUAUUUAUUUCUGUUUCGUUUGCUUACUAAAUUUGUGUUAAUGCCCUUCAUCCGUCGAUUCCGGGGCGGUUUGCGACACGAAAACACAAGAUAAAAAAAACAUGAAAUACAUAAUAUAAACCAAAAACAACAAGAAACAAACAAACAAAAACCCCUUUCCCCCCACCCCCUUUCACAAACACAUUUUAAAGUAUAUAGGUCGGGUGUUUUCCGAUACCUGAUUUACUUGUUAAUGUUCACAAACAUGGCACCCCCAACAACUGCCAUUCGGAAGGUAGACUUCUCCUGAAGGCAGAAGCUCUAUUACGCCACCAUGGCCAGCAGUCAGUGAGAGAUCCCCUUCUUCCUGCUGUUGCUCUGUCCCUUGGCUUAAUCCCCAUUUCAAAAGCAUUGAACGACCUCUUCCCCCUUUGCUCUGCCCUUCUUCCAGGUCUGGUGUGCAACCGUACAUUUGACAUGUACGCCUGCUGGGGCGAUGCUCUUCCGAACACCUCUGCCAAGGUCCCUUGCCCCUGGUACCUGCCUUGGCACCAGCAAGGUAAGUAUAGAUGCAAAGGCACCCAGUAUAGUUCGUCCAUCUCUUAAGUCUGGGCCCCCAGACUGGUUGCAAUGUUUGCUAAAUUUCAGAACUGUUGGUCCUGCAUUGCAGGGGGUUGGACUAGAUGACUCUCGGGUUCCCUUCCAACUCUACAAUUCUGUGAUUCUAUAUAAUAAUAAUAGUAAUAAUAAUAAUAAUGACAUUUAUUUAUUUAUACAUACAUACACGGGUGGCGCUGUGGGUUAAACCACAGAGCCUAGGACUUGCCGAUGAGAAGGUUGGCGGUUCAAAUCCCUGCGAUGGGGUGAGCUCCCAUUGCUCGAUCCCUGCUCCUGCCAACCUAGCAGUUCGAAAGCAUGUCAAAGUGCAAGUAGAUAAAUAGGUACCACUCCAGCAGGAAGGUAAACGGCGUUUCCAUGUGCUGCUCUGAUUCACCAGAAGCGGUUUAGUCAUGCUGGCCACCUGACCCGGAAGCUGUACACUGGCUCCCUCGGCCAAUAAAGCAAGAUGAGCGCCGCAACCUCAGAGUCGGUCACGACUGGACCUAAUGGUCAGGGGUCCCUUUACCUUUUACAUACAUACAUACAUACAUACAUACAUACAUACAUUGGUACCUCUGAUUGCAAACGUGAUCUGUUCCGGAGCCCCGUUCGCAACCUGAGCAGAACGCAACCCGCGUCUGCGCGUGCACGGGUCGCAAUUCGCCGCUUCUGCGCAUGUCCGUGACGUCAUUUUGAGUGUCUGCGCAUGCACAAGCGGCAAAACCCAGAAGUAACCCUUUCCGGUACUUCCGGGUCGCCGCAGAACGCAACCUGAAAACACUCAACCUGAAGCAAAUGCAACACGAGGUAUGACUGUACAUACAUACCCUGGCCAGCUCUGGGCGGCUCCCAACGGAAUAUUAAAAACACGAUGAAACAUUGAACAUUAAAAACAGGGUUGCCUUCAGAUGUCUUCUAAAAGUCAGAUACAGUGGUACCUUGGUUGUCGAACUUAAUGCGUUCUGGGAGUCUGUUCGACUCCCGGAACUGUUCAAAAACCAAGGCGCGACUUCUGAUUGCCUGCAGGAGCUUCCUGCACUCCAUCGGAAGCCGUGUCAGACAUUUGGCUUCCAAAGAACGUUCGAAAACCAGAACACUUCCAAGUUUUCAGCUUUCGAGAGCCAAAGCGUACAAGUACCAAGGCGUUCGAGAACCAAGGUACAACUGUUAAUGUUUAUUUCCUUGGCAUCUGGUGGGAGGGUGUUCCACGGGGCGGGCGCCACCACCGAGAAGGCCCUCUCUGCCUGGUUCCCUGUAGCUUCACUUCUCGCAGGGAGGGAACAGCCAGAAGGCCCUCGGCGCUGGACCUCAGUGUCCGGGUGGAGAUGCUCCUUCAGGUAUACUGGGCCUUUGAGGCCGCUUAGGGCUUUAAAGGUCAGCACCAAUGAUUCUUCUGAGCACAGCAGAAUGGAAUACAACUAUUAAAUCGAAUCGUAUUGUCAUGGAUAUAUGUUAUUCGUGUUUUUAUUAUUAUUAUCAACCCAUCCUUAUCCUUUCUGCUUCCCCCUCCUUCCCCAAAACGUCCUCUGCAGUUCGAGGUGGCUUUGUGUUCCAGAAAUGCGGCCCAGAUGGACAGUGGGUGGUGGAUGAGUCGGGGCACCCAUGGCGAGAUCACUCUCAGUGCGAAGCCGUCAACAAAGAGCUCCCCUUCCAGGUAAACUCAUUGCACCACAAACUCCACAAAAGCAGGGAGGAGGGAGAGAAGAGACCUUACUUAAUAAGAGUCGCUCUGGAUUCUUAAUCCAUAUUUAAUGCGUUUGUGCUUUAAAUGUUCAGUCUUUGGAAAGCAUUGCUGCUGAGGGCUGCUGCAAGCCGUAAUCCGUCUCACGAGUAGAUUAAUCGACAAAAACUCAACUAAAGAUAUCUCCUACCAGUGUACAAAACUUUCUGGAUGCUGUGAAUAUUGUGGACUUGAAUUUUGAUGAUGAUGAGUUAUACGGACAGAUUAAUGCUUUUGGUGUGUGUGUGUAAUAUAAAAUAUAAUAUAAUAUAAUAUAAUAUAAUAUAAUAUAAUAUAAUAUAAUAUAAUAUAAUAUAAUAUAAUAUAAAUGUUUAGGGAAGCUUUUAAUGUUUAACAGACCACUGUAUUUUAAUACUUUGUUGGAAGCCGCCCAGGGUGGCUGGGGAGACCCAGCCAGAUGGGCGGGGUACAAAUAAAUUAUUAAUAUAAUAUAAUAUAAUAUAAUAUAAUAUAAUAUAAUAUAAUAUAAUAAUAUAUUACUUGAGAGUUCACUUGUCUCCUGUACGAGGUGAGGAAGGGAUUGUUUUAUACCCUUAAAACUGUGUUAAUUUUUUUAAAGCCUUUAAAAACAUUAAUCGACUAAAGUUAUCAAAUUAUGCGUGAUGCGGGCAAGAUUUAAUCCACUGGUUUUUUUCCAGAUUGCAGUAGAAAAUAUAAUUCUUUUGGGAGUCUGGUGAUUCACCAUAGUAGAUAAUUGGGAGAAGAGGAAAGAAGGAAUUAAAUAUGCCUUUCCUUCUAACAGGCAUCAGUUUUCAUCCAUUAAACUCUCAGUGAUCUUCCACUUUCAUCCCCACCUCAAAAAAAGGCAGCUGCACUGAGGUUUUGAUUUACACAAUAACUUAUUUCCAUGUACCUGCUGCACCGAGAAAAGGCAGAUAUUCAAUUAGCUAAAAAGCCUUGAAUCGCUGGACGGAUCUUUUUCCCUUUUGCAAAUGAAUAAUGGCACAUAUCAGGAUUUUGAGAACCAAACAUUUCGCCAUCAAAAUUGGAGGUAACUCUGGGCAAGGAAGCCUAAGGAGGCCUUUUGGACGCAGAAGCCUACCCUCUGAUAUUUCUCCGAUGAAAAUAGGGAUGUCAAUAAUAAUAAUAAUAAUAAUAAUAAUAAUAAUAAUAAUGGCCUGCCCAUUUGACUGGGUUGCCCCAGCCACUCUGGGUAGCUUCCAUCAUAAUAAAACGUUAAACAUUAAAUCCUUCCCUAUACAGGGCUGCCUUCAGAUGUCUUCUAAAGAUUGUAUAGUUACUUAUCUCCUUGGCUUGAGGGUCGCAUAACUCCAUACCCUCCAACAUUCCUCCGAUGAAAAUAGGGAUGUCCUAAGGGAAAGGACGCGGGUGGCGCUGUGGGUUAAACCACAGAGCCUAGGACUUGCCGAUCAGAAGGUCGGCGGUUCGAAUCCCCGCGACAGGGUGAGCUCCCGUUGCUCGGUCCCUGCUCCUGCCAACCUAGCAGUUCGAAAGCACACCAGUGCAAGUAGAUAAAUAGGUACCGCUCCGGCAGGAAGGUAAAUGGCGUUUCCAUGUGCUGCUCUGGUUGGCCAGAAGCGGCUUAGUCAUGCAGGCCACAUGACCCGGAAGCUGUACGCCGGCUCCCUCGGCCAAUAAAGCAAGAUGAGCGCCGCAACCCCAGAGUCGUUUGCAACUGGACCUAAUGGUCAGGGGUACCUUUACCUUUAGUUUAGACAAAAAGCAAGAGGUGAUACGACAGGCGCUUAUAAAACGAUGCAUGGCAUGGAGAAAAAUGGAUAGAAAUAAGUUUUUCUCCCUCUUAGCACUCGUAGAACGUGUGGACGCCCUGUGAAGAUUCAGGGCAGACAGAAUCAGAGAACCGUAGUGUGGGGAGGGACCCUCAAGGAUCAUCCAGUCCACCGCACCGCAACCCCAGAGUUGGCCACGACUGGACCUAAUAGUCAGGGGCCCCUUUACCUUUACCUUUAAGGGAAAGCAGGGCAUUCCAGGAUCAAAUCAGAAAUUGGGGCUGCUUCUGAAAAUCUGGGACUGUCCCUGGAAAAUUGGGACCCUGGGAGGCUCUGCAAGUGCUGCAAUCUCAGUGGAUGAAACCUUGUCUGCCAUAAUAAUAAUAAUAAUUUGUUUGUUUGUUUGUUUGUUUAUACCCCGGCCACCUGGCUGGGUUUCCCCAGCCACUCUGGGCAGCUUCCAACAGGAUAUUAAAAACACAAUAACACAUCAAACAUGGAAACUUCCCUAAACAGGGCGGCCUUCAGAUGUCUUCUAAAAGCCAGAUACAGUGGACACUCGGGUUGCGAACGUGAUCCAUGCGGGAUGCACGUCUGCAACCCACAGCUGCGCAUCUGUGCAUGCGUGGGUUGCGAAUCGGCGCUUCUGCGCAUGCGCGACCGCCGAAACCCAGAAGUAACUCAUUCUAGUACUUCCAGGUUUCGGCGGUCCGUAACCCAAAAAAACUGCAACCUGAAGUGUCUGUAACCCGAGGUAUGACUGUAGUUGUUUAUUUCCUUGAAAUCUGAUGGGAGGGCGUUCCACAGGGCGGGUGCCACUGCCGAGAAGGCCCUAUGCCUGGUUCCCUGUAACCUCAUUUCUCACAGUGAGUGAACUGCUAGAAGGCCCUCAGAGCUGAACCUCAGUGUCCAGUCAGAACGAUGGGGGUGGAGAUGCUCCUUCAGGUAUACUGGGCCUUUGAGGCCGUUUAGGGCUUUCAAGGUCAGCACCAACACUUUAAACACUCUUUCCUUCCAGACCUUUUGCUGAUAAGCCUAUUAAUAGUGAUGUUUUUCCUGCGUCACUUGCAACCUGCGAUGGAGGUGCCCUUUUCCGCUGAAGUGUAUUCCAGCUGUGCUUCUGUUUCUCCCCAGAAACAUUUGUGGAUUCUGGAGCAGUUUCGACUGAUGUACACAGUGGGCUACUCCCUUUCGUUCGCGGCUCUGCUUGCGGCCUUCGUCCUGUUGGCAGCUUUCAGGUAUUGAGAAAGGCGACAAGGGGCACUGCCCUCCCCUGGGUACCACGCAGGAAAAAUGAGAGGUAUUGAAAGAUGUGGGUGUGUGGUUUGAUUAAUCACACCUGCCAAGAGUGGCUUGGGGUCAGCAAACUUUUUCAGCAGGGGGCCGGUCCAUUUUCCCUCAAACCUUGUGGGGGGGGCCAGACUAUAUUUUGGGGGGGAAAUAUGAAUGAAUUCCUAGGCCCAGAUACAUUUUAAAUAAAAGCGCACAUUCUACUCAUGUAAAAACACCAGGCAGGCCCCACAAAUAACCCAGAGAUGCAUUUGAAAGAAAAGGACACAUUCUACUCAUGUAAAAACACGCUGAUUCCCGGACCGUCUGCGGGCUGGAUUUAGAAGACGAUUGGGCUGGAUCCGGCCCCUGGGCCUUAGUUUGCAUACCCAUGCACUAAGGCAUGUCUCUUAGAGCAGAGCAGAGCAACAGCUCCCCCUGCUGACUAUUAAAGAGUUAACCACACAGUGCACAUCAAUGCACUUUGGUGCGGUUCAGUAAACACUAGUGCAAGGAUGGGAUAUGUGGGGUGUUAGAGGAAGCGUAGUGCCUCUGGUGCAGACACGUCAUGCUCCUUCUGGGGUAGUUUGCCCACCUUUGAUCCUCACCCUGCACUCAGCUCUCGCCUCUGGCUCCUAGAAGCUGUCAGCAUGUGACAGCUGCCACAACUUGGAAACAGCUUCGACUGGGUUAAUUAGGGACUUCCUCAGGUGGAUUGAGUGGAUGAACAGAAGAGUUUGGAUUUGAUAUCCCGCUUUAUCACUACCCUAAGGAGUCUCAAAGCGGCUAACAUUCUCCUUUCCCUUCCUCCCCCACAACAAACACUCUGUGAGGUGAGUGGGGCUGAGAGACUUCAGAGAAGUGUGACUGGCCCAAGGUCACCCAGCAGCUGCAUGUGGAGGAGCGGGGAAGCGAACCCGGUUCACCAGAUUACGAGUCUGCUGCUCUUAACCACUACGCCACACUGUGGGGCCAACGGUGAAGAAGGCGGUUUCUGCACAAGCUGGCGAGGGAUGUGAGGGGCAGGUGGGGCUCGUCCACCUGGGAAGGUAGCGCAGUCUAGGAGAAGGAAAAGUCUGGUCCUCAACCUCCGCUGCCAUGUGGGAUAUCUUUGGGUGAAGAAAAAGGAGGAAACCCUGCGCAAAUCCUAAGAUAACCAAGAUGGCGCCUUGUACGCCUCCUUCCGGCAACUCCUGCAGCCAGCAAUAUCUAGGCAACACGAUAACCAUGUACAUACGCAAUAGACAAUCUUUAUAGAAUUUUUCAAACCAUAACAAGUCCAAAAUGAAAUCUUUAGUCUCAUAGUCUCUGAAAAUCUUUAAAUGAAGCGCGGUACUUUGAAUGAUGAAAGACAAGCUGUGAAGCUUUGUGUAUUCAGCAAAUAUGAUGUCCAACACUGAACAGUGAUUCCGGAUAUUGACUACUGUUUCGUAGAAUUCUUCGUCAGCGUGGUGGGAUGAGAUAGAAUUGCUUCAUAAACCCAUCUUGUAUCGAAUGAAUUUAUGUGACUACAUUCUUACAUGAGCCCUGUUCCACAGCGUUUGAUAUUUUCAUUUACAUUCAUUCAUUCAAAACAGUAGUCAAUAUCGGGAAUUUAAAGCUUUUCAGAGACUUUGAGACUAAAGAUUUCAUUUUGGACUUGUUAUGGCUUGAAGGAAUUCUAUAAAGAUUGUCUAUUGCGUCUGUACAUGGUCAUCAUGUUGCCUAGACAUUGCUGACGUUCUCUUUGCAACACGGGAGUUUGUCUGGUAACUUCUGCAGCCAAGCUGGUGCCAAACAUUUUGCUCUGUUUUCCUUUGGACCACAUCGGCCAGGCUGAGAGGGGGGUUUCUUGUCGUCUGGGCAGCCCAGGACCUCCAUGCACACUGCCCAGACUUGUGCCCCAGAGGGUUCACAUGGAUGCUGCUAGUGCAGUGUUUUUACUUCACCCCCGGAGGCAUACUCCAUUGUCUCUUGAGACAGACAGGUGCCAACAACAUCAACAACAACGCUUUUAUCCUGUAUUUUUAUCCUUUGAACCACCCUGAGCUCUCUCGAUGAAGUUUAAUAAAUAAUAAAACAAAAAAACAACUAAUAAUAAUAAUAAUAAUAAUAAUAAUAAUAAUAUAUUAUUUAUACCCCACCCAUCUGGUUGGGUUUCCCCAGCCACUCUGGGUGGCUUCCAACAGAACACUAAAAUACAAUAACCUGUUAAACAUUAAACGCUUCCCUAAACAGGGCUGCCUUCAGAUGUCUUCUAAAAGUCUGGUAGUUGUUGUUCUCUUUGACAUCUGGUGGGAGGGCAUUCCACAGGGCAGGUGCCACCACCAAGAAGGCCCUCUGCCUGGUUCGCUGUAACUUGGCUUCUCGCAGCGAGGGAACCGGCAGAAGGCCCUCGGCGCUGGACCUCAGUGUCCGGCCAGAACGGUGGUGGUGGAGACACUCCUUCAGGUAUACCGGGCCUUUGAGGCCGUUUAGGGCUUUCAAGGUCAGCACCAACACUUUGAAUUGUGCUUGCAAACGUACUGGGAGCCAGACCCGUGUUAUAUGGUCUCGGUGGCCGCUCCCAGUCACCAGUCUAGCUGCCACAAGUGCAAGAAUGAGAUUUGGUUUCUGUUAAAACCCUGUCUAGCAGUCUUGGAUCCUGGCUGGAGGUGCAGAUUUGGGGCACAACUGACUUCUCCCUGACCCCUGCCCACUGUUCUCUGCCCACUUCCAGGAAACUCCGUUGCAUCCGCAAUUACAUCCACAUGAAUCUCUUCGCGUCCUUCAUGCUGCGGGCCGUCUCCAUCCUCACCCGGGACACCUUCCUGCGGCUGCACUUCCCCAAGGACUUCCAGGACGAAGGGGACCUCUCGCACCUUCCUUGGGGACAGGUAUCAUUGCAACUGCAAUUUGAGGGAGGGUAGGUAGGAGGGGUCCAGCCGGGACCAGAGGGGCAGCAUGGGCGUCGUGUUGGGAGAUCCUGGACAGACAAAAGAAAUUAAUUUUUCAAGCAAGGCAUAAACUAUGGAACUCACUCACGUAGAAGGCGGUUGCUAGAAAUCGAGGGAAGGGAGAGUGCUCUUGUGCUUGGUAGGUUUCUCCCAGGCAUCUGUUUGUGAGAAUUGGAUGCUGGACUGAAUGGGCCAUUGCAUGUUGCUCAACCGUCGCAAUUUCAUAGAAUAGAAUAGAAUCAUAGAAUAGAAUCAUAGAGUUGGAAGAGACCACAAGGGCCAUCGAGUCCAACCCCCUGCCAAGCAGGAAACACCAUCAGAGCACUCCUGACAUACGGUUGUCAAGCCUCUGCUUAAAGACCUCCAAAGAAGGAGACUCCACCACACUCCUUGGCAGCAAAUUCCACCGUCGAACAGCUCUUACUGUCAGGAAGUUCUUCCUAAUGUUUAGGUGGAAUCUUCUUUCUUGUAGUUUGGAUCCAUUGCUACGUGUCUGCUUCUCUGGAGCAGCAGAAAACAACCUUUCUCCCUCCUCUAUAUGACAUCCUUUUAUAUAUUUGAACAUGGCUAUCAUAUCACCCCUUAACCUCCUCCUCUCCAGGCUAAACAUGCCCAGCUCCCUUAGCCGUUCCUGUGGGGCAUCCCAGAAUUACUGUCAGGCUGCUACCAGCGACUCCCACGGCCAGUUGCCCAGGAACGAAGAAAGACAAGGAAAUGUUCCUUGUCGUCCGCUUUUUAUUCAGAAUUUACAGAAUUACAGAAUUUACAAUUUACGGAAUUUAUUACAGUAUUUACAGGGUUGUAAAGACUGCGGAGAGAAUAAUUGGGUGCACUCUUCCCACCUAUGCUUCCAGGUGCCAGAAAAAAGCUGCAGAGAUAGUGCAGGAUAGUGCGCACCCCGGAAAUGAUCUCUUUCAGCUUCUGCCUUCUGGAAGAAGGUACAGGGUUAUAAAGACUAGGACUAGUCGUCUGAAAAACAGUUUCUAUUCAAAUGCGAUUUUGGUUUUAAAUGCUUGUUAAAUGCAGUGUAAGGUAGUCUCUAUGGGAGUAUAUUGUAUUUAAUUAUGGGGUAUCAGAGUUUUUAGGGGGCUAACCAGGCUGGGAUAGCUGGGAUAGCAGGCUUGUUGGUUUCUGAAUGUCUGAUGUAGAUUUUCAAUUUUGUUGUUCUAUUUGGGACAGUGACAAUAAAGAUUAUCAUAUCGUAGAGGCUAUAGAACCCAGACCCUUGGAGAAUGGUGUUGUCCCAGGUGACUCUCGACCCCCCCCCCCCGUCUCUCCCACUUCCUCAUUCGUGAGUCUCAUUGUCUCUCCUAUGGGUGCUGAUAAGUGCCCCUCUGCCUUUGAGCUCUUUGCUUUCCUACUUUCAAGGCUCGCUGGGUUCUGGGAGAGGGGAGAGAUCUGGAAUGCUUUCUAAAGACAGUUCCUCUUCCUCCUCUCUCAGUAUCUCCCAACUUUCCGCCUCAUCUGCCUCUGAGCUGUGACCUUCCUCAAACCCCUGUUGUAAAUCUAAACUGUCUUCCUCUUCCUCCUCCCUGGAAGGGUCAGGAUGGGGUCUCCACCAUUCCUCUUCUGCUCUUGUUGUUGUUUAGUCCUUUAGUCAUGUCCGACUCUUCUUGACCCCAUGGACCAGAGCAUGCCAGGCACUCCUGUCUUUCACUGCCUCCCGCAGUUUGGUCAAACACAUGCUGGUAGCUUUGAGAACACUGUCCAACCAUCUCAUCCUCUGUCGUCCCCUUCUCCUUGUGCCCUCCAUCUUUCCCAACAUCAGGGUCUUUUCCAGGGAGUCUUCUCUUCUCAUGAGGUGGCCAAAGUAUUGGAGCCUCAGCUUCAGGAUCUGUCCUUCCAGUGAGCACUCAGGGCUGAUUUCCUUCAGAAUGGAUAGGUUUGAUCUUCCUGCAGUCCAUGGGACUCUCAAGAGUCUCCUCCAGCACCAGAAUUCAAAAGCAUCCAUUCUUCGACGAUCAGCCUUCUUUAUGGUCCAGCUCUCACUUCCAUACAUCACUACUGGGAAAACCACGGCUUUAACUAUAUGUACCUUUGUUGGCAAGGUGCUGUCUCUGGUUUUUAAGAUGCUGUCUAGGUUUGUCAUUGCUUUUCUCCUCCUCUACUCAGUCCCUGAUAAUUACAGAAGCUAUUCCGGGCUUUGGAUUGCAUCCCGAAAUGUCCAGCUUUGGGGGCUGGUGCUCUGGUGCGAAUCAGCUGGCUUCCACGAGAGCUCAGGAACCAAAAAAACGAGCGUUCAGAUUCUCCUCCUCUUCCUUUUUUUUUUUUAAUAAUAAAUUUUUAUUAGUUUUCAAUAUAAUCAUACAAUUUUAUCCAAAUUUUACCUGAUUUUAACAAAAUACAAAUUUUGGACUUCCUUCAACUUCUCUGGUAAUCAUCCAUUUUUACCCUUUAGUACACAUUCCUUUAAUUGCAUUGCCAUUUGUCUUCCCUCCCUUUUCUAUUUUCUUUCAGCAAUACCUCUUAAAAUUUUACAGUGCUUCUUGAAACCCCACUAGCGUUGCUUGCACCUCACAUAUCUUUUUCAGAUAAUCUGCAAAUUUUCCCCAAUCCUCGAUGAACGUUUGGUUUCGGGCAUAUCUUAUUUUCCCAGUCAGUUUGUCCAGUUCCGCAUAGUCAGUCAAUUUCAUUCUCCAUUCUUGAAUCGUCGGUAUUUCCUCUUGUUUCCAUUUCUGAGCCAAUAGAAUUCUUGCUGCCGUAACUGCAGAUUCUCCUCCUCUUCCAGUGUGGUGUAGCCAGUGUGGUGUAGUGGUUAAGAGCGGUAGUCUUGCAAUCUGGGGAACCGGGUUCGCGUCUCCGCUCCUCCACAUGCAGCUGCUGGGUGACUUUGGGCUAGUCACACUUCUCUGAAGUCUCUCAGCCCCACUCACCUCACAGAGCGUUUGUUGUGGGGGAGGAAAGGAAAGGAGAAUGUUAGCUGCUUUGAGACUCCUUAGGGUAGUGAUAAAGCGGGAUAUCAAAUCCAAACACCUUCUUCUUCCUCCGCAAAUGAAUCCAGAUUUCAUUGCACGGGCAGAGAAAGCUGAAAGCAACAUUGCGGGUGCAGUCUAAUACCCAUUUACCUGAGAGCCAGUGGGGCUUAACUUUUGAGUGGACUUUUGAGUGGCACUUCCCCACAGCUGACUAAGUCCCCUCCUCUCCAGGAUCCCCCCUCCCCAAGCAAGCAGAGACUGUGUCUACAAGUCACCAAUCUCUCCUCCACCCUUUUCAGAGCCAGUGUGGUGUAGUGGUUAAGAGCGGUAGUCUUGCAAUCUGGUGAACCGGGUUCGCGUCUCCGCUCCUCCACAUGCAGCUGCUGGGUGACCUUGGGCUAGUCACACUUCUCUGAAGUCUCUUAGCCCCACUCACCUCACAGAGUGUUUGUUGUGGGGGAGGAAGGGAAAGGAGAAUGUUAGCCGCUUUGAGACUCCUUCGGGUAGUGAUAAAGCGGGAUAUCAAAUCCAAACUCUUCCUUUUCAGGCUGUGGCCGGCUGCCGGCUGGCACAGAUCUUAACCCAGUACUGUGUCUGUGCAAACUACUACUGGCUCCUGGUAGAAGGCCUCUACUUACACAACCUGCUAGGACCAAUGGCCUUUUCGGAAGAAAGCUAUUUCUCAGGCUACUUGCUCAUCGGAUGGGGUGAGUUAGCUGCCCAGCGCCAAGUCCUGAUGAGAAAAGAGACAGCGGGAGAACGGUGGUGGUUGCGAACAUUGCGGGAGAGCUUAAUUCAGGGGCUGGGAUGCUCAGUAAUGUAGGCAACAGUGCUCAGAGCUACCUGUAAAACGAAAGGGAAGCAUGAGAGGUAGAAGGCAAUUGUACCCAUUAUCCAGAUACGUUAGUUGAGUCCUCUUAAUUAUGUCUCUUGCAGGGGCACCAAUCCUUUUUGUCAUCCCUUGGGUGAUAGUGAGAUACCUCUAUGAAAACAACGAGUAAGUACCUGGGCCAAAAAAAUCUUCCACUUCACAUUUGAUGUACGUAUAUUUUUCUUAGGGUUCUAAAAGAACUUAGGUUGCACUUCUAGAGUAGUGGCUAUUUAUCAUGCCAGACCAGGACCAGGGAAACUCAAUGGCCCCUUUCCAACUCCACAAGGCUAUGAUUUAAGGCACGUGGCUUCAUCCAAAGAAUCCUGGGAGACGUAGUUUGUUAAGGGUACUGGGAAUUGUAGCACUGUAAAUGGUAGGCGGGGGUUGCCAUCCCUCCUUUGACCUGCUGACACUUUCAUUGCUCCCCACCUCCUUCCACAGAUGCUGGGAGAGAAACGACAACAUGGGCUAUUGGUGGAUCAUCCGUUGCCCGAUUCUGCUAGCAAUCUUUGUAAGUUGCCGAGGAACAGAGAAUAUGCUUUAUACACUUUCAGAGCAUUGGUGCCUCUCAGUAGGUUAGAAAGAUUUACAGUGGUACCUCGGGUUACAGACGCUUCAGGUUACAGACGCUUCAGGUUACAGACUCCACCAACCCAGAAAUAGUACCUCAGGUUAAGAACUUUGCUUCAGGAUAAGAACAGAAAUCGUGCUCUGGCGGCGCGGUGGCAGCAGGAGGCCCCAUUAGCUAAAGUGGUGUUUCAGGUUAAGAACAGUUUCAGGUUAAGAACAGACCUCCAGAAUGAAUUAAGAUCUUAACCUGAGGUACCAUUGGGCAUUUCCACACAUCCGUUGAAAACACCCCAUUUUGUGCACUGUUCAAGGGGGGAAACCAGGGGAAAUCCGACACGAGGCAAGCAAACCAAACACAUCUUAAGGAGAAAGUGUCAUGUGAGUGUAUCAAAUAUCCUUUUUGCACUACAGUGGUACCUCGGGUUACAGAUAAUUCAGGUUACAGAUGCUUCAGGUUACAGACUCCACUAACCCAGAAAUAGUACCUCAGGUUAAGAACUUUGCUUCAGGAUGAGAACAGAAAUUGCAUGGCAGUAGCGCGGUGGCAGCGGGAGGCCCCAUUAGCUAAAGUGGCACCUCAGGUUAAGAACAGUUUCAGGUUAAGAACGGACCUCCAGAACGAAGUAAGUUCUUAACCCGAGGUACCACUGUACUAGCAUAGGAGAAAUAUUGGGGUUUUUUCCCUGGGACAUCAGGUAUGUGAACAGAACAGAGGGAAUGUCAUGUGGUUCUUAACACACACACCCCCAUGCAGGAACAGGCAGACUAAAAAAACAUUUUUUGAGGAUGUGACCAUUGUCUAAUGUUGAUAUGCCUGUGGCAUCGCUGAUAUCGGCGGCAGACAUCAGAGGGGUGACACAGCUGGAUUGAAGGGGUUACUGCCAAUCAGACCCCUUUCCUUCUUUCCCAUUUUCCAGGUCAACUUUGUGAUCUUCAUACGCAUCAUCAAGAUCCUGAUCUCCAAACUCCGGGCGCAACAGAUGCGUUACACAGAUUACAAAUUCAGGUAGGUGAGAAAUCGCCGGGGCAGUCGAAAGGCAAGAGAUUGCCCGUCACCCAAUCAGGCAUUUUGUAGAAAGACUUGACUUCUUGAAAAACAGCAACUAUCUGAUAAUAAAUUAAUAAUAAUAAUAAUAAUAAUAUUUAUACCCCGCCCAUCUGGCUGGGUUUCCCCAGCCACUCUGGGCGGCUUCCAACAGAACACUAAAAUACAAUAACCUAUUAAAAAUUGAAAGCUUCCCUAAACAGGGCUGCCUUCAGAUGUCUUCUAAAAGUCUGGUAGUUGUUUUUCUCUUUGACAUCUGGUGGGAGGGCGUUCCACAGGGCGGGCGCCACCACCGAGAAGGCCCUCUGCCUGGUUCCCUGUAACUUGGCUUCUCGUAGCGAGGGAACUGCCAGAAGGCCCUCGGUGCUGGACCUCAGUGUCCGGGCAGAACGAUGGAGGUGGAGACGCUCCUUCAGGUAUACUGAGCAUUUGAGGCCAUUUAGGGCUUUAAAGGUCAGUACCAACACUUCGAAUUGUGCUCAGAAACAUACUGGGAGCCAAUGUAGGUCUUUCAAGACCGGUGUUAUGUGGUCUCGGCGGCCUCUCCCAGUCACCAGUCUAGCUGCCGCAUUCUGGAUUAGUUGUAGUUUCCAGGUCACCUUCAAAGGUAGCCCCACGUAGAGCGCAUUGCAGUAGUCCAGGCGAGAGAUAACCAGAGCAUGCACCCAUUCCAUCCAUGGCUUAUUGCAGAUAUUAACAAUGCACAGCAGGAAGCAACUGGAUGCAUUAAAAAAUGACUCCUUUUGGAAUAAAACAUUUCCCAGGCCCAUAAGUUGAAUUCAAGCUUUACUUGUAGAACUUCCUUCAAAAGAGAACAAAAGCAAUAGAACCACAUCAAAAUAAAUACUUUGCAACCUCUGGAGCAAAACGUCCCUGCCUCUUUCCCCAACCCUUGCUUUGGCUAGUGAGUACUCAUUCAGGAUAUGAGAAAGUGUCAUGGGUGCCAGCCACAAAAUGGCUGCCGCGAGGGUGAGGCAUGUCACAAAAUGGCUUUCACAGGUGUGUGUGGCACAACACAAUCCACUGUGGAUUUUUGAGGGGAUAUUUACAGCGUGCGUGACCAACGUGGCAAAGCCUCUUAGUUCCCCGCUUCACACAUGCCCGGAAACUCGCUCCAUUUCUUUGCUUCUUUUUAGGUUGGCCAAGUCAACGCUGACCCUCAUCCCGCUGCUGGGGAUUCAUGAGGUGGUAUUUGUGCUGGUCACUGAGGAACACGCCCAGGGCACCUUGCGCUACGUCAAAUUCUUCUUUGAGUUGCUGCUCAACUCCUUACAGGUACUGGGUAGAUCUUUGAUAUCCUUGUUCUUAUCAUUUAGAGCAUGUGUACCCGACUUUUCAAUGGGACGCAGGUGGCACUGUGGGUUAGACCACAGAGCCUAGGACUUGCCGAUCAGAGGUCGGCUGUUCAAAUCUCCGUGACGGGGUGAGCUCCCGUUGCUCAGUCCCUGCUCCUGCCAACCUAGCAGUUCGAAAGCACAUCAAAGUGCAAGUAGAUAAAUAGGUACCACUCUGGUGGGAAGGUAAACGGCGUUUCCGUGCGCUGCUCUGGUGCACCAGAAGCGGCUUAGUCAUGCUGGCCACAUGACCCGGAACUGUACACCGGUUCCCUCGGCCAAUAAAGCGAGAUGAGCGCCGCAACCCCAGAGUCGGCCACAACUAGACCUAAUGGUCAGGAGUCCCUUUACCUUUAACUUACCCGACUUUUCAGCCUGCUGCAAUUAUAAGUUUGCAGCAUGUUAUCAGUCCUCUGUCCUGUCACAUUUUUUUAAAUAAUAAAAAAUAUUAUUAAUCUUUCAGGGCCUGCUGGUGAGCGUCCUCUACUGCUUUGUCAAUAAAGAGGUAGGUCACCGAAAAGGCAUUCUGCUCCUCCUUGCGCAAGAGUGGAGCUGGCUGGCUCAAAUUCCAGGAGUGGGUUUUUGUGCAAACUUGGACUACUAAGCUUGUUCCCGGUGCUGGUCACAAACUCCUGGGCUGAGCAUGUGCUCAGAGGCACCCUCUCCCCUGAAUUCUAAGGCAGCGUCAUGUCGUGGUUACAGCAAUGUCAAACCAAUUUGGAUGGCUUUAAUUUGUUUUAAAAAAAAUAAUUUGAAAAGCCAAAAUAAAUAAAUUAAAAUUUUACAACCACAUUUGCAACAUACAACAUAGAAACAAGAUUCCAAAAAAUCUCCCAGACUUCCCUCCUCCACUUCUUGGGUCCUAUUGUUAGUCAUAUCCUCCUGCGUCUUUUAUAAUAAUCCAAACCUUCUCCUUUAUAUCCAAAAUUCACCAUUAAUCUACAAGUGCUAUUCCAAUCCUACUAACGGUUUUAACUGUUGACAAUGGUUUUUAAGAUAAGCUGUAAAAUUUCCCCAACUACAACAGCCAUCUGACACCCCCAAUUUUCUCUCUUCUUCCUCCAGGUGCAAACCCAGAUCCAAAGGACGUGGCAAAGAUGGACGCUGGGCAGCAGCCUGCUGGAGAAGAAAGGCCAGAGCCUCAGCCACUGGGCUUCCUGGCACAGCCGAAGCAGCCGCCGCAAAAAGGUCGCUUAUCCUGCGCCCCACAGACACCUGGGAGAAAAGGGCCUCCCCAGCGGCCUUGGCACCACAGCAGGUGCUCCACAGGUGCACAUCAGCACCAAAUCUUUUCAGUACGUCCCCGUCAGGAUGAAGUCCCAGGACAAGGUUGCGGGGUCCGCUGUCGCUGGGCAGACUUUUCCGAGCCCUGGUUGCCCCCCAGUCAGCUGCUGA